AUGGGAGCACAUUCACAAUUGGCUCUGUCACGUUUCUCAGUAUUUUCACAAGGUGCACGAAUCGAAGAAGGACAACCAUGGUCGAUCGCCACCCAUACACAAACGUCACCCACGGAUGCUUUCGGUACUAUUGUGUUUCAGGGUGGCGCACAUGCCCACAAAGCUCAGUUCAUUCGCCUUGGAUACGAUUCUGAACCGGAAAAUGUGAUGGUACAAGAAAAACUGGGCGGUAUGUUUCGUGAUGGGCUCCUGAAAGCAGCACAAACCACAGGAGCAUGGAUAAUAACAAGUGGAUUGGAUUGCGGUGUAGUGAAACACGUGGCUCGAGCACUUGACGAUGCCGGUAUUUCAGCU